AUGGCCUCUAACUUCAGCUUCAGAACUUUUAUGAUAUUCGCCCUUGCAUUUUCUCUCACCCUUCAAGCCACUCUGGGAGCGAUAGAAUGUGAGAAUCUGAGCCAUGACACGUGCUCAUUCGCUGUGUCAUCGAGUGGGAAACGAUGUGUGCUUGAGAAGCGCGUGAAGAGGAGUGGUGAGGAGGCAUACACAUGCAAGACAUCAGAUAUUGAAGCUGAGAAACUGAAGGAUCACAUUGAAACAGACCAAUGCAUAAAGGCUUGUGGAUUGGACAGAAAGUCCCUUGGAAUCUCUUCAGAUUCUCUUCUCGAGUCUACCUUCACUCACAAACUCUGUUCCCCUCACUGCUACCAGUGCUGCCCCAAUGUUGUUGACUUAUACUUCAAUCUUGCAGCUGGUGAAGGUGUGUUUCUUCCCAAGUUGUGUGAAGUACAAGGGAUGAAUGCUCGUCGAGGAAUGGCUGAACUCAGAAGCUCUGGCAUCGUGGCACCAGGACCUGUGCACUCUCUGCAGUUCACAGCUACUCCUCCAAUUAACCCUGUGGAGCUCACUAUUGAACCCGCGGUUGCCCCAUCAUCAAACUAA